GCCACAUUAGACUUAGGAUUUGAUUGGCACGACUAGUGGUUGGCUUUGGUUUCUGUGGGUCAACCUACAUAAGCGAACCCUGACACAUGUAUCCAUGGAAACUUUAUUUUGUUUAUUCUCAAAGAAGAACAUCUUUCGUAAUUCGCUUAUAGUGUCAUUCUAAAGCAAAAAAACCACAAUGAUUUCCUGCAUUUGUUUGGGUCCUAAGAGAUCGGGAAAAACGCAUUUAUUGAAGGCUCUGCAAGACAACGACUUGAUAGAUGAGACUUCCUAUUCAACACCCACAAUUGGCACAAAUAUCUACAAUAUUGUUUUUCCCACAAAUACCCAUGGUGAAGAUGCUAUGAAACCAAAGCCACCACCUCCGCCACCGAACGAAGCAAAUACAGCGGAAGGAGUGGGACAGAAAAAGUCCAAACAGUUGCCACCGCUGAAAUCUAUAAGAAUAUUGGAAAUUGGUGGAGCCAUGGCACCUAUAUGGCGUCAAUAUUUCGAUGAUGUUAAAAAACUAAUGUAUGUGGUGGAUACAUCGAAUUUGUGUCAGAUAUCGGCAGCAGGGGUAUUAUUCUACUCCAUACUGGCUGAACCUCGUUUGCAAAAGGUACGCAUAUUGCUGGUGCUCUCCAAGAUGGACUAUGCCUAUCGUCAAAUGCGCAACGAGGCCUUGUUGAUGAUGCAAAUGUCAAAACUGCAAAAGGAAAUACGCCAAAAGGUCACCAUUAUCGAAGUUAGCCCGGUGACAAAGGUUGGUUUCGAUUUGAUUUACAAUUGGCUUAAAAUACCUUAA